UGAUGGAUGCGAUGGAGGACAAGGGGGAGACCGAGGCGGAAAACGUUGUCAAACUGGAAACGGGUUCGUCACGGCGCCUGUUGAUCUACGGAAUCGCCAGUAUUCUCGCAGUUUCCGGGGCGUGGCUUGUCGUGGCAACCACCGUCGACAGUCUUGCGUGCUUCAUUGAAGGCGAAAUGCAUCUCGACAACUUGGUUGGACAUGUGGCACCUGGCUACGAGAAGGUGGAAAAAGUUUUCAGACGAAACUUUGCCGAUGGUUGGGAACGUGAGGGUGCGUCGAUUACCGUAUACCACAAGGAUCGGGUGAUUGUGGAUCUUCAAGGCGGGUAUGCGGACAAGGCGUCGGGCAGGAAAUGGACCCCUGACACGAGAACAGUCGUGUUCAGUACAACGAAAGCUGUUGGAGCAGUCUGUGUGGCAAUGUUGGUUGAUCGAGGUCACAUCAGUUAUGAUGACAAGAUGAGCAAGAUCUGGCCAGAGUUUGCACAAAAUGGGAAGGAGAAUAUCACAAUCGAUUGGUUAAUGUCACACAGAGCAGGUCUUGCUGCACUCGAUAUGCCAAUAACCAUCGAAGACGCCAACGAUUUCGAGAAAAUGAGUGAAGUCAUCGCAUCACAAAAACCAAACUGGGAACCUGGAACUAAAUCUGGAUAUCAUGCAAUUACUUACGGAUGGAUCGUUGAUCAAAUCGUUCGACGCUCCGAUCCGAAAGGUCGAUCAGUUGGACGAUUCUUCAAAGAAGAAGUCGCCGAUGUUCACGGAAUCGACUUUCAUAUUGGAUUACCGCCAAGCGAAGAGCAUACCGUAUCCCGUCUUUCAAUGCCGUCCACACUUCAUCUCGUUCGGGAGAUUGUUCAUGAUCCACGUGUUCUGAUUGUACUUGCAGUUUUUAAUCUUCGACCACCAAAUUCUAUUGCAAGAAAGAUUGCUGCAAAUCCAACGUGGUUCAAGUUGGAACAGGAUGUGAACACCUUUAAUAAUCCAACUCUACAUGCUAUGGAGCAAGUCGCUGCUCUUGGUAUUACAAAGUCAAGAGAUUUAGCUAGACUUUUCUCACUCGUACAACAAGGAAAACUGUUCUCUACUGAACUUCUAGAAAAGUUCCGUGCCCCCCAAGUUCAGGGGAUUGAUGAAGUUGUCAUGACUCCUCUACCAAAAGGACAUGGUUUCCUAUACGAGAGACAUCCAAUGGGAGGGAAAAAGUGGCUUGUUGGACAUCCUGGUUACGGUGGCAGCACAGUAAUGAUGGAUUUGGAAGAUGGGAUCACGAUUGCCUACGUCUCGAAUGGAUUGAAAACUGGAAUGGGAGAGCUUACGAGAACAUACAGACAUCUUCGAGAUUCUGUAUUUGAGUGCUUGGAGAAACAGAAGACUGGUCAAAGUGUGAUGAUCGAGGAAGCAGUUCAAGCAGUUGCCGCAUAACUUAAAAAAUUGUUGUUAUCCUUGUUUGUACAUAGCGCCAUAAUUUGGGACGGGUCUACUGCCCCCAGCGAAUUGUGCAUAAACAUGUUUCUGGUU